AUGUUCCAAAUUCUAUCCUCCUUCAACAAAUCUGACCAAUCACAAGAGAAGGGCCCCGAGGCUCGGGCUCUUCCAGCAUCAUGGUAUCAUUCAAGCCCAUUGUACGAACUCGAACGACGAGCAAUAUUUUCCAAAAGGUGGUUGCUAGUCACCCAUCGAUCGCGUCUUACCAAGCCAGGGGACUUCAUUCGAUACGAGGAGGCCGGGUUUCCCAUUUUUCUCUGUCUCGAUCGCCAGGGUAACCUACGAGGAUUUCAUAAUGUCUGCCGACACCGUGCCUUCCCAGUAGUGAUUUCUGAUUCUGGAUCGGCAAACAUCCUGGCUUGCAAAUACCAUGGUUGGUCGUACGGGCUGAAUGGAAAAUUGGCCAAAGCCCCUCGCUUCGAUGGUGUGUCUGGGUUUGACAAAGAGGACAAUGGCUUGUUUUCUAUACAUGUGCAUGUUGAUCAGAGGGGUCUUGUAUGGGUCAACCUCGACGCUAAAGAAACUCCUACUACGCCCUGGAAUGAAGAUUUCCUGGGAGCUGACACUCAGGGUCGACUGCAGGAUUUCAACAUGACCGAGUAUAAAUUUGAUCAUGCCUGGGAUAUGACAAUUAUAACGAGGUACGGGACUCAAACCACAUUAUGGUCUGUUCUCGAUGACUGA